GCGCAGUGUUGGACUUAAAAUAAACGCGGGAAGUAUUUGUUUUCGUCUAAUUAUGAUGUUGAAUAUAAUUCAUCACUAGUGGAUCUUAAAUGAACUUAAUUAAGCUUUUUGUACGUGGACAUGUACAUGGAAUUACUUCGCUCUUCAUUUAUCCUUCCUUACUAACCAGGUAUAAUAUCUGGUCAGGAUAAUUUCAAUUAAUGUACUUUAUACUGUUGAGUUACGUGCUCAUCGUAAUUCUGUGGACUGUAGAUUGCAAAGAUGAACCUCGAAAGCCUUUGUUCACUGAAUAUCCUAGAGAUGCAUUUCCGCUUCAUCGUCAACAACUUAGGUUGUUUUGUCGUGCUGAGGGCGAACCUAUAGUCUCCAUCACUUGGUAUAAAGACGGGAAAGUUGUUGAAACUCAACGGCAUAAACCAGGUACAUCUAACAGAAUUACAAAUGCUGGCGAACUUCUUUUCCUUUCAUUCAGUGAAGAGGAUGAGGGUCACUACUAUUGCAAUGCAUCGAAUGUCCAUGGUUGGACUAGUUCACCUUCCGCUCUUGUGAAAGCUGCAUUUUUUGAUGCCAGUAGUGCGUCUGGUCCUGAAAGUAAGUCUGCCCAUUUCGGUCAGACAGUUUUGUUGGAGUGCAUCCCACCCAUCGGAUCACCAUCCCCUACGGUGUACUGGAAACAUAAUAAUCAGAAAAUAGUUGAUAGUUCACGGACUAGGGUUAUGGAAAGCGGGGGCCUGAGAAUUGAUGGCGCUAAACGUCAAGAUUCUGGGACAUAUCAGUGUCUUUCUGAGAAUUCUGCUGGUCACUGGGAAAGUAAGUCAGCUACACUCACUAUUCGUCGUAAACCUCGUUUUAAAUUUACGCCGAUGAGCAAGCAAGCUGUUGUUGGGGAUUCUGUAGAAUUUCAGUGUUUGGCUUCUGAAGAUCCCAAUUCUACAAUUUUAUGGAGACGAGAAGGCAACAAGAUUAUUCAAGCAUCUUUAAUUGAUAGAAAGACACUGCGUAUAGAGCAUGUUCAGUUAUCCGACGCCGGUGAUUAUAUAUGCGAGGCGAAAAAUGUUGCCGGUAAUGUAGAGGCUGUCGCACAUUUAUCUGUAGUUUCGCCACCAAUAUUCGUGAUCACACCAGAGGAUAAAACAGUACCACUUGGUGGACAUGUUUCAUUUGAUUGUCUAACUUCUGGGUCCCCACCUCCUAGCGUCAGGUGGUUACAUGAUAAAUUCUCAUUCUGGGUACCAAAGCCGAGUGAGAAACCACUACAAGCGGGCAGGUACUCGGUGUUUCCUAAUGGGACACUCUUCAUAAACUCAACUAUGCUAUCUGAUGCAGGAUUAUUUGAAUGCAAAGCAUCACAAAAAGCCGGUAUUGUCAAGUCAACAGCUCAGCUUUUCAUCGAGUCUGUUGUGAUAUCCCUACCGCUUAUCGAAAUCGGACCCCAAAAUCGGACAUUUUUUCAAGGGAUGGUUGCAACUUUACCGUGCCACUCAACUGUUCUUCAGUAUACUUUACAAGUUUCAAACUCAUUAGUGCAUUCCAACAUUGAUACAUUCACACCUAUUGUAACACAGUGGUUAGUUAAUAAUUCUGCUGUUUCCACUAGCUCUAAUCCUCGAGUUGUGAUAUUAAAUUCCGGAUCUCUUCAGAUCAAUGCUCUUCGUGUAUCAGACACUGGUUUUUACACCUGUGAAGUUGAAGUUCAAGAUUCUUCAUCUUUUUCAAGACGCUCUACAUCACGGACUUCUUUCGUACAAGUAAUUCAAGGGGGUUCAUCUGGAAGCAGCACGUACCUGUUGCCUGGAGAUGAAGGUGAUUUGUUGUUGCCGGAUCCCCCAAAAGAUGUUAAAGUCACUAAUAUUGGUGAUACAUGGGUUGUGCUGAAUUUAAUUAACGAUUAUUCUGUCGGGGACGUUAUAAAGAAGCGUAGCCUUGGUGAGAAUGUAUUUAUAACAGGUGUGCAAGUGGAAGUAACAGAGUUCAACACUUCUAAUGGUUGGCGUGUUGUGGAAUCAUCUGGUCCAUAUAAUCCGGUUCGUGUAAACGGUUUGUUACCACAGACUGGUUACCACAUUCUUGUCCGCUACAUGAAUCAUUAUGGAGUGGGUAAACCUUUCAUUCUGAAUAAAUUGGUGUUUACUAAAAUUUCUGAAUCAACACGUAACUAUCUCCCAACUGAGUUGGUCGUAAAAUUGCAGUCUGUAGACUUUAGUCCUCUACAUGUUAGAGCGAUUUCACCUUCUGAGUUGUUGGCAGAGUGGUUCCUAUGUGGUCCAUCAGAUGUUUUGGUUCUUAUUACCGGCUUUAAAGCAACUUACCGCAGUGUACCAAUGUCUAGGUGCAUAAAUUCUAACAGCAAUAAUAAUGGAUAUUACAUCAAAGAGAGCAUCACGCAUUAUCCUAAAGCAGACCACAAUUCAUGUGCCUUUAAAGACGAAUCUAUGGAAAAUCUAUUAGACUCUUAUGAAGAUGACCUAACUCCGUGCAGUUUACCAAGGAUUUCAAAACAGCAAUCGCUUGACUGGAACCCACCUAGUUUUCUAAAUGGUGAAAAGGUUGAUUACUACAUCCAUGUAGGUGUGACUACUACAAGUAUAAAAAUGGCGAUUAGUAAUUUACGACCUUUCAUAUGCUACGCUAUUCGUAUUGAAACAUUUGUUGACCAUCCAGAUCAUAGCAGGAUUUUCUCACAGAAAAGUCAGGUUUCAGUUGCUCUUACAUAUGACAGCACACCAACAGGUGCACCACAAAUAACAAAUGUCCGUUGGCUUAAAAAUGGAACUGUACUUCAACUUGAUUGGAAUCCACCAAAUGAAUGGGAGCGUGGAGGUAUUUUAACGGGAUAUUCUUUAAAAAUAUUAAGUACUGCACUAAAACUUAGUCGUACUGUCAAUAUGGGGAUUGAACAGUCAUCUUUUCAUAUUUAUGAUCUCGAUCCAUGGUCUAAUUAUACACUUUAUCUAUCUGCAGUUACUUGUCAUGGUGAAGGGGUUAGAUCACUACCGGUUUACAUUUUUGCAUAUCCUACACGAGGUCAUUUUCCAGAAUUAGGUGUAGCACCAUCCAAGUUCUCAGUAAUGAAUCCGAAUCUGUAUGAAUCUGGAAAUAUUUUCCGGAGGGUUUUGUAUGACGGAAGGAGCCUAUAUCCAGGAAGUCCAUCACCACAGGGGCUUAGUGAACAAAUGAAUUCUAAAACUACCAAUAUUCACGAAGAAAAGGGUAGCCUUACCAGAGAACCGUGGUUCAUUGUUAGUGCAGUUAUGUUUAGUGUACUUUGGGUAAUCAUUUGUCUCGCUCUUAUCAUAUACGGACGACACAGAAGCGAGCGACAAAGGCGCCGACAUGCUGUUUUAGAUGUGAUGGAUGCUGAAAUAAUUGCCAAAAAUGGACGUCUUGGCGUUGUUGAUUCCACACAGGGAGCGGGUACAGCUUCGCCUCCGAUUUACAUGGGUAAUUUUUCUACUUCCACGGAGACAGAAGCUACAUCUCUUACUUUGGUGGAACCUCUCUCUGUAAAUGCAUCUAUGAUAUCUGACAGAAACCAUGCACCAAAAUUGUGCGAUCCUAUAUUUUGUGAGAAAUCUUACGGAAAUGGUUUUACUCGUCCAAUGGACCCAUCAUACUCUGUAUCUAUGGCCAAUGGAUUUUCCUUAACAAAUGAUGGAAGUUUACAGUCAGUGCCAACAUAUUUACCACAGUACCCUCUUGGUAAUCCAGUGUUGUCUAUAGAUAACUUAAAGAAUCAUUCAUACAAUAAUCCGGCUGUCAUAGUUCCAAAUAUCCCAGUUGGUAGUGCUCAAUUGUUAUCUGGAGGCACUCAUUGUCCAUCAGAGCUUAUGCACAAUGGUACAACUCAUUUAUUACCGAAUGGAUGUUUACCUUUGCCUCCUACUCAUAGUUCACAUAAUCCAUCAUCAGAAGAUCAUGCUACACCGUAUGCUAGUGUAUCAGUGAUUCAACCUGUAAUAUUUGAUCAUGCACCUAUGGAUUAUGGUGUUAUGCAACAGGCGGCACGUGGUAGACAACUGUCACUUGCAGAUAUUAUACCUCCUCCUCCAGACUACCCACCUCCGUCACUUCCGUCUUUCUCUCCGGUUCCACAUCAUUUUACAAGUUGGUCUCUAGGUGACGCACCUUGUUCGGGUAGCGGUGAGGAUUCAGCCUAUAGUGAUUUUCGACAAUCAUCAUCUCAACAUCAAGGUGGUUGUGACGUUAAUGGUGGUAGUGGUCCGCCUGUUUCUUCUUCAAAUCACAACUGGUUAACAUCACAACAUGAAAGUAAUAGUGCUCUUCCAAUAUCUUCACAUUCUCUAUCAAAAACCAGUGGUCUCUCAUCAGAGUGGCCUAAUCAUGAAAGUCUGUCAACACCUCAUUCUACAGAUCAACAUAUAUUUGCUCAUCAUCCUUCAACAUCAUUAUCAACGAUACAACCUUCACAUGUGGCAUGUUAACAAAAUUGACUGAUAAAUAAUCAUAUACUUUUUUCUUUAAAGGAAGGUAAGUUACACUUCCUAUUCCUAUGCAUCUUUGUUACUCUUUAAUCCGAUACUCUAUGUUCAAUCAUUAGUUUUCUCCUUCUUGUCCUUUUUUUCUUCUUUCUUCUGUUUAUUGUCUUUUGUUGUUGUUCAUGCUGUUUUUUUUCUUUUCUUGUAUCAUUAUCACCAACAUCAGCGUCAUCAUUAAAUGUUGUGGAUUUAAGUUAGUCAUUUUGUGGUUGAUUUAUAAUGUUUGAUUAAAAUAAUAUGGUGAUUAGAUUUCAUAUUGAGAUAUCCACAUAUGUACAUGUAUACGUUAUUAUUAUUAUUAUUAUUAUUGUUGCUAUCAUUAAAGAUUGUACGGGCAUAGACAUAUAGGUUUGUAGACUACAUGUCAUUUGUAUUGUAAAUUACGUGGGGAUUGUGACGCGGGGGACAAGAGAAACAGGAGACUAACAACAAAAAUAACGACUAUAUAUUUAUAGUGCGUGUGCGUGUGUCUAAGGCUUUCAGACAUUGUUUACUGCUUGUUUUCUUUGUUUUUUUUAUGGUUUUGCAACUUCUUCAGGCAUUUCCGAUAUAACUAUAAUAAUAAUAAUAAUAAUUUUGUCGUCAUUAGAUGAAUGAAUAAAUAAACAAAUAUUAUUACUAUUACUGUAAUUAGUAUUAUUAUUAUUAUUAUUUGUGUGUGUGUGUGUGUGUGUGUGGAAGAUGAUGAUUCGCUUAGUUUCUAUCAUUAUUUUGAGAGAAAACAGAAAAAAACAGAGAAAAAAAUAAACUUUAUUUUUUAAUUAUUUUUACUUCAUUUAUUCAUUCAAUUAUCAAUGUUGUUCUAUUGUUACCGGUUUCAAAUGAUUUCUUCUUCUUUUUUUUUAACUGAUUAUUUCCCUGAAUCCAAUUCAUAAAUGAAUAUGUGUUUAUUCAAUUAAUUGAAUCAAUUAUUCAUUCAUUUUCUAUUAUGUUAUAGUAUGAACUAUGAAACAAGUAGAAUGAUAUGUAAAUCUCUGAAUUUUUUUUUGUUGACAAGAUUUCUUCUUUCCUUUUUUUGUCAUGAUGAUGUAAUGGAAUAGGGUUUCUUUUUCUUUUCUUUCUUUUUUUCGUUUUUUUACUCGAUGAUGUAUUCAUCUACGAUAUAUUUUCUUUUCGGUUUUGGUGAAUGGUUAUUUUCGUUUAAUAUUUAUCCAAUUCAUAUAAGUGUAUCUAUGCUUGGAUUAUUAUGUUUAUGAUCUCGUAUUGUUUUCCUCUCUCUCUCUCUCUCUCUUUCUCCCCCUCUCUUUGGUUUUAAUUUCUAUACAAUGUUUUGUUGUAUUGUGAAUGCAUAUUUGUUUUAUUCAUGUAUAUUGUUUGUACUGCUGAUACAUAUUAUACAAAUUAUACAAUAAUAAUAAUAAUAAACUAUAACCAAGUAUUGGUACAUUCCAUUAAUUCAUUGAAUAUUCUAUGAAUCUAUUCAAUUGGAAUGUUUAUAUAUGUUGUUCUCAUUUUGCUUAUUCUUAAAUUGCUCAUUACACUUUAUAUAUUAUCCAUAUAUUUUUGUAUAGGAAAAAUGAAAUUUUAUCUUACAUUUUGUUUUGUUGUGUUCUUUUGAUCAUUACUUCGUGUGUGUGUGUGUGUGUUUGGGUUUGUGUGAAACCAUACCUCUCCUAAUGAUGUUUACUAUCUUCGUUUUAUCCUUAGAUAUAUAUACACAUAUAUAACAAUAUUACAUCCUUGUUUUCUUCUACUAUACUUUGAUUUUUCAAUGAAAUUCUUACUGUCUUCUGUGUUAUUUUGUUGUCAUUAGAUCAUGCACAAAUAGUGUUAUUAGUUCAGCAUGGUAACUGGUAUAUAUAUAUAUAUAUAUAUAUAUAUAUAUAUAUGCCUUUGCGUACCUACCACACACAGCUGUAUGUGUGCACAUGAAUGUGACAAUGAAAUAACCGUAUAUGUACAUGUUGUAUAUUUAUUUCUCUAAUACUUUUCUUAAUUGUUUGUUUGUUUUCUUUCCUGAUAGCUUUUACCUCAUAUUCCCUCUAUCUCUAUCUUAAUUCUUCUUCUUCUUACUAUUAUUAUUAAAUAGGGUUAAAUUGAACAAUGCUUUACACUUCAUUUUUAGUGAACAAUCAGUCAAGCUUAUAAUUACUAUGGAUAAAUCAACUAUUUCUAUUAAUUUAGUGCAUUAUAAUAACACUUAUUAUUGCUAUUACUACUUAAAUGCUCCAAAUCAUAUGGAUAAUAAUAGUUAUUAUUAUUAUUAUUAUUAUUAUUAUUAUUACUCUAUUUAAUAUUGUAUGCUUUUUCUUUAAUUUUCAAUUCACCGAUGACAUUUGAUUUGAAUGGCGAAUACAUGAACACAACAAGACAAUUGUAUAAUGAAUAUCUCUCUCUAUAUAUAUCUGGAUAAAUAUACAUGCAUUAAUUUACUGCAAAUUAGAGUUGUCAUUGUGUUCUCUUCUUUUUAUCUCUAUAGUAUUUCAAGUGUACUAAGAUCGAUGAAGAGUGGAUUAUUAUUAUAGAAGUCAUUUGUUGUUCAUUAGUUAUAUGUUUUGAUUUCAU